AUGAAUUUGACAUGGUUUGCCAAGAUUGUUGUGACAACUGCUUUUCUCGGCCACCUUGGAGAGCUCCGGUUAGCUGGUGGCUCUCUUGGUUUCACUUUUGCUAAUGUCACUGGUUUCUCUGUUUUGAAUGGGAUAUGUGGUGCCAUGGAACCUAUUUGUGGUCAACCUUAUGGGGCUAAAAAUUUUAGGCUGCUCCAUAAGACUCUUCUCAUGACAAUUUUCUUGUUGCUUCUAAUAACCUUGCCUGCUUCUUUUUUAUGGCUUAAUGUUGAGAAAAUUCUUAUCCAUCUUGGCCAACAAGAAGAGAUUUCACUUGUUGCAAAAACCCAUCUUCUCAUCACUUCCUUACUUUGUCCUCUCAAAUCCUACUUGAGCGCUCAAGGAAAACGGCAGGGGAGGGAAGUGGAAGGAGGGAGGAUGGUUAGACCAAAGCGUUGGCGACUGGUGGAAGUUGCUAAAGCUUUGUGGACCGUGUUGAAUAGGUCAUCUGCACAUAGAAAACGAGUACGGCUCAUUAUGGACACAAUUGCCAACUUAUCAUUAUUCCUUGAAAUGAUUGUAUAUAUACAAGAAUGA